UGCAUUUGAGGCUAGACAGCUGAACGGUCCGACUUGUUGCUAACCAAAGUUUGUGGAUUGGGUUCCGGUUUUCCAGAUGCCGGAAACUAGCGGGCCUCUGAAAUCCUAGGUUCGUAUCGCCCUCGGAUAGAGUUUUGUCUGAUAAUUACUUCCAAACUUCAAGUUCUAUGUUUCAAUGAUGCUUAACCAUCCGGAUUCUUUCUUGAGUUUUAAAUUUGGAAUUCAAGUACUGUUUCCGGGAGGAACAGGGACAAAGGAAAAAAAAUGCUAACUUCCGGGAAAGGGGAGUGGCUAGAGAAUCUCUUUUCCACGAUGACGGAGGUGGAGGAGGUGAUCUUGGGGAAGACACUGCCGCACCGUGAGUGACCUCGAUGUCUGCGACCCUCAGUCCUGGGCCACAGCGUUUUCUAGUCAACGCAUUCCCCCACAUUCCUUUUUCUCCUGAGCCAGGGAUCCUGCUCCGGUGCCCUAAGAGCCUAGACUUCCUUCCAACCUUUCAACGGCCCCAGUAGAACCUUGCUAACCCCUCGGACUCCUGGGGCAUAGCUAACCCUGUACAUCAUCUUGACUCUGUCCCCAGCCCCACGCCUUCGUGGGCCGCUCCUUUACUGCCUUCCCAUCUCCCUGCAGCCCCAGAGCCACGCCUGGGCCAGGAUUCAGGAUGGAGCCCUUCUGGAGAAGACUUUGCUCAGGGCCUCGAAGCCUUCCCGCUGGGUACGAGCCCUGCCAUACUUGCUCUAAGGAGCCUCCCCCAGGGCUUGGCCGUGGGCCCCUCACGAUCCAGGAAACAGCACUUGGGGGUCUGGUGUGUCGGAGCAGCCCUGCAGCAUGGACUGCAUUGGGGACCUCUGGAAGAGGAGGCCGUCUUGGAGAAGGGCGAAGGAGUGAAGACACCGCACGAAGAGAAUUUUCUGUUUGGUACUUUGCUAGAAGGCCGUGCUGCUUGGAGUUUUCCCCACCUUUAAGGAGGGAGGACUUCUCCUUAGCCCCGUGUGGAGCCAUAUGUACGUGGAAGCAAAGUUCAGCUUGGACCAGUUUGGUGCAGCAAGGUCAGCUGCAGAGUGAUGGAAAUGUGUCCUUGGUUCGGAUCAGCGAGCGGCUUCACCUGCAGGUGUACCAGAUUAUAUUGCCAGGCUUUGAGUUGCUACUGUACCCACAGUCUCCCCAAAGGAGUCUAAGUGUCCUGCAUCCCAAGCUAGAAGAAGAAGAAGUAGCUGUGGCAGAAGAGGAGUCUGCUACACAGGAAGAAGUAGCCACCCCACAAGAGGAUUCAGCAGAGCCUUACACAGAUCGUGGUCACAAGUUAUCCCACAGUAUCCAAGGAGACAGUAUGCUACUCUCUGAAUCUGUGGCCCAAAGCAUAGAGCAACCUUUCAAGGAUAUCAUAGAUAAACAGUGCCUACCACAGACACCGCCCGAACCUCAGGGCAGCUCGGCUGCCCAGAAAAGCCCAGAGAGCAGUGAAGCCGGUGUAUUCCCUCCCGAGGAUGCUCAGGUACAAACCUGCCCAGCCAAGAAGUUAGAUGUCCCCAGCAGUCAAUGCCUGUCUACGGCAAAGAUCUCGGAGCCCAGAGCCCAGCUCCCUGACCUGCCUGUACUCUGCAGUCCUCUGGACCCUGCAGGAAGCUCCUCAGAGCAGGGCCGGCGGCACCGGUGUGAGGAGUGUGGCAAGGCGUUCCUUCAGCUCUGCCAUCUUAAGAAGCACGCGUUUGUGCACACAGACCACAAGCCCUUCCUGUGCACCGAGUGCGGCAAAAGCUAUAGCUCUGAGGAGAGCUUCAAAGCUCACAUGCUGGCCCACCGUGGUGAGCGGCCCUUCCCUUGCUCUCAGUGUGACAAGGCUUACGGUACCCGUAGAGACCUCAGGGAGCAUCAGGUGGUCCAUUCAGGUGCCCGGCCCUUUGUGUGUGAGCAGUGUGGCAAAACCUUUGCCCGCCGACCUUCCCUGCGGCUACACCGAAAGACCCACCAGAUCUCGGAUGCCCCUUCAGCGUGCCCAUGCCCAGUGUGUGGACGGCUCCUGGCCACUCAGGGUUCCCUGCGGAACCAUAUGAGGCUCCACACUGGAGAGAAACCCUACCUGUGCCCACACUGUGGUCGAGCAUUCCGCCAGCGGGGCAACCUCCAAGGACACCUGCGGCUGCACACAGGGGAGCGCCCCUACCAGUGCCCACACUGUGCCAGUGCUUUCCCCCAGCUGCCUGAACUGCGGCGGCAUCUCAUCUCCCACACUGGAGAGGCCUACCUGUGCCCUGUGUGUGGGAAGGCCCUGAGAGACCCACAUACGCUCCGUGCUCAUGAGCGCCUACACUCAGGGGAGAGACCCUUUUGCUGCUCCCAGUGUGGCCGAGCUUACACACUGGCCACCAAGUUACGCCGCCACCUCAAGUCCCACAUGACAGACAAACCGUACCGAUGUCCCAUCUGUGACAUGGGCUAUGCUCUCCCUCAAAGUCUUAAGCGACACCAGCUCAGUCACCAGCGUGGGGGUCCAUCCAGCCCUUCUCUGCCUCCAGCUGCCUCUGAGCCCACUGUGGUGCUCCUACAGCGAGAGCCAGAACUGCUGGACACUUGUAACCGACGGGAAGUGCCCCUGGGUGCAGGGAUUGUGGAGGUCACCAUCUCUGAAAGCCAGGAGCAGCCAGCCCCCAGCCCCAGCCUGGUGCUGAUCCACAAGGCCGUGGGCUUCAGCGGCUGGGCCCAGGUAGUAGAGGUAGAAACAGGCACCUGACACCGUCUUCACCCCUCCAAGAGCUCCCUGUAUAGACUGUAAUAGCAGAUCACGUGUCGCCCAUUCCCUUUGGGUCUCUGAGAGGUGUAGGAGCCCAGCUGACUGGCUUGUUAGGGUUGGAUAGACUCAGCUGUCAAUCCACACAUCACACGCCCUCUGAAGUGCUGCUGCUUUCACAUCUGUAGGUCUUGAAAGCUAAAGGAAGCCAGGCGGUGGUGGCGCACACCUGUGAUCCCAGCACUCUGGGAGGCAGAGGCCGGUAGAUUUCUGAAUUCAAGGCCAGCCUGGUCUACAGAGUGAGUUCCAGGACAGCCAAGGCUACACAGAGAAACCCUGUCUCGAAAAAAACCAAAUCCAAAAACCACACACACACAAAAAGAAAACUAAAGGAGAUAGUGUGGGGAGAUGGGUGGGGUGGGAUUUGUGUGCUCCAUAAACAUGGCCACAGGGAAGCUAUGAGGGGUUAACACAAUUUGCAUGUGCACUCUGUGAGCCUGGACGAUGUAAGAUGUUGGGGAUGAACCCACAGGCUCACGGUGACACACCCUUGGAGUCCCAGCACUCAAGCAGGCAGAAGGAGUGCUUCAAGUCUAAGCCAGCAUGGACUCUGUAAGGGGACCUGUCUCAGGGAGGGAGGGAGAAGAGGUAACAGCCUUUACAAAGCUUGUGAUUCACUGAGCUGUGGGGAUGGGUAGGCUGGGUGUGUUAGCUCACACUGGAAUCCCUGCCUUAGAAACAUGUUGACCUGCCUGGCCACCCUUAGGAAAAAGGAAAACCAGCGGCUCUGAGUACAGAGGGACAUGUAAGUUGUUACAUGAUAGUGUGCUGUGAUCUGCCAUGGGCCUCCCCAGGGCUGACAACAGGAGCAUACUUUGACCCAGGCUUUGAGUGAACGUGCAGGUGUUGGAGUACUAUUGCUUUUUUAACCGAUUAGGCAGUGUAAAGCACUUGAACUCCUCUGCCAUGGCCUCUAGGGCUGCCCCGGGGCUGCGUUUAAAGUCGGCCUGCUCCGCCCAGGCUGAAGGAGGCUCCCCAGCGCUGGCGCUGCCCCAUCUUGGUUUGCCUGUUCUUGGUGGGUGAAUGGAUGUUCAAGAGGUGAGAAGCAGGAAUGCAGGUGUAAUUCUAAAGAGGUGGGCAGGAGACAGACGCCUUAGUGGAGUGGAGGGCACACUGAGUAACAGUGGGCAGGGAGAGGUAGGUGCUGGGCGGAGUAAAGAAAAAUCAGCAUGGCCACCUGUAAAAGAAAGGACUUUCUUGGAUGGUGGUUUCCUAAGUUAAACUAACAACGUCAUGCUGGUUUUUGUUUUUUAGUAGAUUCAGUCCUGGGGAUCUAUUAUACAGAGAACGGGCUCUCCUGCCUGAGACAUUCCCAGGCUAGCAGAUGGAAGCUGACAUCCCUUCUACUUCUUCCAUACACAGAAGACCUUUAAUAAGGCUGAGUGAGGUCAGAACAUACUUCGGAUGGCCUGGGGUUUGGGAGCGUGUUCUGCCACUUAUGGCCGAAUAGAGACCGGAGUUAAAGAGUGUCAUCUAAGAGGAGGAGAUGAGGCCUAGAAACGGUCAGGGUCACGAGGACAGUCAAUAGCAGAGUGCGGACUGAACAGAGGCUUCUGAUACCUGGCUUCAUGUUCUCAGUUCACGUGAAUGCCAAUGUCCGUUCUUGGAAAGACUGAUCGCUGGUCUUGGUUUUGAUUUGUGACAGCGUGUCAGUGUGUAUCUGUUGCCUGGAACUCACUGCGAGUCCAGGCUAGCCUUGAGUGUAUACGGAUCUCUUGCCUUAGCCCCACACCAGGUGUUGAGGUAUAAGCCACACACCUACCAAGCGAUUCUUAAUAAUUUGGUGUCUACUAAAAUGGAGUUCUUGCCAUAGGACCAAUCCUGUGGAAGCAUUGCUGGACACCUUAUAGAUUUCAUACCUGUAGGGCUAUGGAACUCCAAAUUAAAAAGUGUAGGUUGGAGCUAGAUAUUGUGGCUUGCACCUAUAACCCCAGCACCUGGUAGGCUGAGGCAGGAGAAUCAAGAGUUUAAAAUGAAUUAGUAUUGUGUAUAUGUAUGAUGUGUGUCAACGUGUGUGUGCCAGGGUACAUGUGGACAACCUUGUGGAAUCAGUUCUGUCUUUACACCUUUAUGUGGGUCUGGGGAUCAAAGUUAGGUUGACACAGUCACCUUGAUAAAGAAUCUCAAUGGGGGAUUGUCUAGAGAAGGCUGGUUUGUGGGCAUGUUGAAGGAGAGGUUAUCUCGACUGUGUUGAGGUUGAAAGGUGGGUGGCCCGAUUGCCUAGAUCGGAUCCUGAACUGUGUCAGAGCAGAUAAAGCGAACUGAAGACAAGUGCGAAUUAGCCCGCUGCUGUUGCCCGAUGAUGCCAUGUGGCCUCAAGCUCCUGAGGGGUGCCUCAGGGAUUGGACUCUAACAUGGAACUAGGAGGUAAAUAAACCCUUUCUCUCCGAAA